GGCAGGCGCCGGACCCCCAGGCGGAGCGACAGGUCUCGGGCCCUCAGGCGGAGCGGCGGGCGCCGGACCCCCAGGCGGAGCGACAGGUCUCGGGCCCUCAGGCGGAGCGGCGGGCGCCGGACCCCCAGGAGGAGCGACAGGUCUUCGGGCCUCAGGCGGAGCGGCGGGCGCCGGACCCCCAGGCGGAGCGGCGGGGCACCGAGGACACCAGGCACGACAGUGGGCUCCGAGUCAACUGGUAUGACCGCAGGCACUGGGUCAGACAUUGGAUGGUUGGCCUGGACAGCGGGCAAUCGGGUCACCAGGCAUCAGGUCAUUUGGCUCGACAGCGGGCACCGCGUCAUCUGGCAAGGCAGUGGGCUCGAGUCAACUGGCAUGACCGCGGGCACCGGGGCAGACAUUGAAUCGUUGGCUGGGACAGCGGGCAUCGGGUCACCAGGCAUCAGGUCAUUUGGCUCGACAGCGGGCACCGCGUCAUCUGGCAAGGCAGAGGUCUCCGAGUCA